AUGGCAAAGUCGAAGCUGAUCGUGAUGCUUUGUGUUUCAAUUUGUUUGUUGUCUGUGUCCAGUGCAACUGAGGUAGCUCCUCCUGCGGCCAUUUUCAUAUUUGGAGACUCAACUGUGGAUGUUGGCACCAAUACCUUGUUGCUCCAAAGUAAAGCACGGGCUGAUUUCUCUCCAAACGGGCUUGAUUUUCCUUAUUCUGUGCCUACUGGGAGGUUCAGCAAUGGCAUUAACAGCGCUGACCAAAUCGUGAGACUAUUUGGAUACCAGAAAAGUCCACCACCAUUCUUGUAUACUCUGAAUCAUAUGUCCACCUUUAAAAGGGAUAUACUGCAGGGAGUGAACUUUGCUUCAGCAGGAAGCGGCAUCUUCUCAGACACAGGGAUAAAAAAAUGGAUAGAAGUUGUGUCACUGGGAAAUCAGAUCCAACAAUUUGAGGCGGUCCGUGGAAACAUCUCAAAGAUAGUUGGUCACAAUAAAACUGAUACCUUGCUUUCCCAGUCUUUGUUCAUCAUCAGUAUCGGAAGCAAUGAUCUUUUCGAAUUAGUGGAUUACUAUCCAAAUGCAACCGACUUGUUUAAGGCGAAACGCAUGGAACGUCUUCAACUUAAGUUCCAGAACCAUUUGAAGACUUUAUACAAGCUGGGAGCUCGGAAAUUUGGUAUUAUAAGUGUUGCUCCAAUUGGAUGUUGUCCCCAUGCGCGUGUUCAACCAAAUGUCGACCCUAGUGUUUGUGUGAAGGAACUAAACGAUCUUGCUCAAACAUUUUUCAUAAAAGCUCAGAAUCUCCUGAAGAAAUUGAGCUCGGAGUUGAAAGGGAUGAAGUAUUCACUUGGAAAUUCCUAUGAAAUGACCAUGAGUAUUAUUCAAGACCCAUAUGCCUUCGGGUUUAAGGACGUUCAAUCAGCCUGCUGCGGAAGCGGGACGUUAAAUGGAGAAAGCCCAUGCGUUAUAUAUUAUAAUCCCAACCUUUGUUCGAAUCGGAAUGAGUUCUUAUUCUGGGACUUGUAUCAUCCAACUGAGUUUGCUUCGCAAUUAGCAGCACGAACACUUUAUGGUGCAGGAACAAGAUAUAUGACACCCAUGAACUUCAGUCAGUUGGUUGCAAUUGAUUUUUGA